UUCUUUUUUAUCCUCCACUUUUGUUUUCUUCUUGCCCUAAUUACGAUCCUUUCUUCCCCCUCCAUAGAUUCGACUGCUGCCUUGUGCCCUCCAUAGAUUCGACUGCGUACAAGUCGGACUUAUGUGUCGGAACUCCGGUAGACUGAAAUUCAGGCAACAUGUAGCCUCGUGUGCCCUAGAAUUUCACGAAUCUUGAAUUUGGCUUACUUGAAUCUCGUUCCAAGCUGCUAUCGGUUUCGCCACAGAGUUCCACCGUUCCAAAAUCGCAUAUUUUCACGUUGAGUGACUAUGAUUGGGUUACAAUUAUGCUUGAGCUGACGAUUGGGUAACAAUUAUGCUUGAAAGUGUGAAGAACUUACAUGCUCCAUCUACUUCUAUCCUAGAGCCGAUGAUUUAGGGCCUUACAGCUUCUCAUCCCACACAACGCCAACGAUUUAGGGUCUUACAAGCCCUAGCUCAGAUUGAACUAAGGUCUGAUUCUUCUCUUCUGGUUGCACUAAGAAAAUCGGACAUACAUGUUGAUGAUAUAAGAAACAAGACAAUACAAGUUGCUGGAGAGCAGAAAUAUAACAUCAAAGGAAUGAAGAAAGAGCAUGUGUGUGGGGCUGCUAUCCAUAUAAAGAAAAAAAUUCAGAACCAAUAAGAGAUUCAGAAAGCCUGAAUGGUGAUUCAAGAAAACGCAAAAGUUAAGGCUCCAAACUCGUUAUCUGUGAUGGGGCUCACAUUUGUCCAUUUUGCUUAGAACUGAGUCAAGCAACCAGUUCCCCUGUUCCUACUGGUUCAACUCUUGUAGUAUGUCGAGCACCAAUAUUGCCACAGUGACAUGCUGAAAUAACUCGUCAUACAAGUCCAGGUUCACAAAAAUAUAAAAGAAUACGAUUUGAGAAAUGAAAGAAAUAAAAUGAGACAUUGUUGCAUACUUUCAUUUGAUUUAAGUGCUUUGUAUUCUAUACAUCGUCUUCCGCUUUUCAAAAAGGGAAAAACAAAGAUAGAUGCAUACUCGCUUACAUCUCUCCCACCGAAGCGAAAGUGGAAGAAUUUAGCGAGAGAAAUCAAGAUUUUUGGCCAUCAUCAUCAAGUUUUCAUUAGCAUCCAUAGGCUACAGAUCUCAAAUUCCCCUUCAGAUCCUCAUAGUUGACCUUUCCCCAGAUCUCGAUUUGAUCAAACAUACAUAUAAUUGCAGUCACUGGUCUAUGACCUGGUUAUAUAGUUCAUUUUUGCACUAAACAUCUCUGGAUCUGAUCGAGCUCUCUCGCGGUUUUUAAAACCGACCCAAUCAUGAAUCCCUUUUCGUCUGGGACGCGUCUAAGGGACAUGAUUAGGGCAAUACGAGCCUGCAAAACUGCUGCAGAAGAGCGUGUUGUUGUUAGAAAAGAAUGUGCUUUUGUUCGUGCAUCAGUUAGCGAUCAUGAUAAUGAUUACAGACACAGUAACUUGGCAAAGCUCAUUUUCAUUCACAUGUUAGGAUACCCCACACAUUUUGGAAAAAUGGAGUGCUUGAAACUUAUAGCAACUCCUGGAUUCCCUGAAAAGAGAAUACGAUAUCUGGGACUUAUGUUGCUUCUUGAUGAAAGACAAGAAGUUUUGAUGCUUUUCACCAAUUCACUAAAGCAAGAUCUUAACCACACCAAUCAGUACAUUGUGGGAUUAGCUCUUUGUGCUUUGGGUAACAUAUGUUCUGCAGAAAUGGCUCGUGAUCUUGCACCUAAAGUUGAAAGAUUCCUGCAAUUUCGAGAUCCAAAUAUUCGUAAGAAAGCAGCAUUGUGCUCAAUAAGGAUUGUAAAGAAGCAAUCUAGCUCUGUACAGAUCUCUGUAACCUUAAUGAAGAGGCUCUUGAAUUUUUCAGGAAGAAAUGCACAGAGUUGUUGGUGA